GUAAGGAUUAGCGAGUGUUAUGGCAAGAUGGCCUCCCUUCCAUCUCCCACCCAGGUGGCGGGAGACCAGACAGGAAUCUUCGAGGCAUUGUACAAGAAAAUAGACCCAACUUGUUCAGGCACAAUCCAAGCUGGUCCUGCGGCCAAUUUCCUCAAGAAAUCGGGACUAAAUGAUAACAUCCUUAGUCGGAUAUGGGACGUGAGUGAUCCUGGUGGUAAAGGGUAUUUAGAUAAAACUGGCCUAUUUGUAGCAUUAAAAAUGGUGGCUUUGGUACAAAAUGGCAAGGAACCCAACAUGGCAAAUAUCAACACUCCGACUCCUCCUCCUACUAUGGGUGAACCGCCUCCACAUCCACCACCACCUACCAAACCCCCGCAGCCCCAUCAAGCAGCGGUUGGAGGGGUGUGGAUGAUAACUCCGGCUGACCGGGCGCGCUAUGACCACAUUUUUAAUUCGUUGGGACCAGAGGCAAAUAAACUUCAUGGCAAUAAGGUUAGAAGUGUGAUGCUCAAUUCAAAGCUUCCCAUGGAAACACUCGGCAAGAUAUGGGACUUAUCGGAUAUGGAUAAAGAUGGUUCACUCGACAGAGUAGAAUUUUCCCUCGCAAUGCAUUUAAUAUAUAAGGUUUUAGAAAACAAUCCAUUGCCACCAUCUGUGCCACAAGAAAUGCUGUCCAGUGCACAAAGGGCAGGUGUGGCGCAGGGUCCUGUGCCGGCACCCCUGGCACCACCUCAGAUGCCUCCGCCAAAUGUCACUAAACAGCAACCUAUCAAGGACAAGUUAACCUGUGAGGUUGAGGCCACCUUGGAGACUUCUGCUGAAAAACCUUCAGGUCCUCCUCCAGCCCCCUGGGUGAUCAGUGCAGCAGAGAAGGCCAGAUAUGAUGUUAUGUUUCACAAUGCUGACCUUGAUAAGGAUGGCUACGUGAGUGGACAGGAGAUUAAAGGGGUUUUUCUUCAGUCUGGCCUGCCACAGAUGGUUCUUGCACAUAUAUGGAAUCUCUGUGAUAUGAAGCAGACUGGAAAGUUAACAUCAGAGCAGUUUGCUUUGGCCAUGUGGUUCAUUCAACAGAAGCUGGCGGGCUCAGAUCCCCCUGCAGCCCUUACUCCCGAGAUGAUACCCCCGACAAUGAGACCUAAACCCUCGGCAGAGUCGAAUGUAGUGCCAGCUAAACCUCAGUACAAUAAUCCUGAACUGCAGCUUGUUGCUGAUGAGAUUGAUGAGCUGAAUGCUGACAAACUCAAAUUAGAGUCGGAGAUUCAGCUGAAGGAAGCGGGCAUUAGAGUUAAAAAUAAUGAGUUGAAAAAUUUACAGACUGAACUAGAUACGCUGACUUCAACGUUACGGCAAUUAGAGCAUCAAAAAGGCGCUGCCCAACAGAGGUUGGAUGACCUUGGCAAUCAGAAAAAGAUCCUAGAGGGAGAACGGAAUGACCUCCAAGCCAUGAUUGAGGCCGAACAAGAAGAGGUAUCCAUGCUACGAGCUCAAGUAGAGGAGCAGGAGACCAGUCUGAAGGCUCAAGAAGAAGAAGUCUUGUCCAAGAGGCAAGAAUUGACAGACCUCAAGAAUCAGGAGAACCAAUUGGAGGAGACUGUUGCUACUUUGAAAAAAAGGAUAGACGAGCUCAGUAGUAAACAGCAAGAUACACAGCUUCAUAUAUCGCAGGCACGCAUAAAGAUAACGGAACUGCAAGAACAGGAGCGACUCAUGUCUGAGGUGUUGACAUCUUAUGAUUCUGCCAUUUCCUCUGGUGAUGCAUCAUCGCUGUCAGAGUCAUCCAUUAGAGACAUUACUCCUACUUUCUCGGAUCCCAGCUACCUCCAAAUAGGUCCAUCUCCAACAAUCUGCUCUAAGGAAUCGCCCGUAGAGUCAGAAGCACCACAGCAGAAUGGAUUGCCUUCCCAGGAGACUGUCAGUAAUUCUAAAGCCAAAGAUACCUCAUUUUCCGGGGCACACGAUCCCUUUGCUGCAGCCUUUGGUGGACAACAAAAUAAUGUUGAUGUGUUUGGCAAUUGGGACCAAAAUCCAGCAGCUACUGUCAAUAAUCCACCAGCUUCAGUUGACCCAUUUGGAGGAGAUUCCUUUGCCUCACAAGCAAAGGGUGCUAAUGAUCCAUUUGGAAGUGAGCCAUUCAGUUCAGGUGGUGGUCCUCCUCCGAGACCUGAGAGUCCUACUCCAGCUCUUCCACCCAAGAAAUCUAAGCAGCCACCUCCAAGACCUGCACCUCCUAAAACCCGGCCAGUAAAGCCGCCACCACCACAAAUUAACUCUAAUAAUAAUCCCACUAGUAAUCCUACUACGAAAACUAAUACGAAUUCAAAUGCUGUCCCCAAUGACCCUUUUGUCGGAGGUUGGGGAGACAACAAGACUGCCAACACCAUAAAUAACGACGGUUUUGCAGACUUUGCCAACUUUGCCGAUUUUGAUACUAAGUGUUCCAAGGUAGUCGCCAGCAACUCUGCUUCACCAUGGGGAGAUGACGACAAGUUGACAUCCGCCAAACAUGCAGCAUCGGGCGAUGAGGAUCCCUUCGGUUCGCCAUUCUCAACGACGAAAGACAAUUUUAGAAGUGGUGAAAAUUCCCCUUGGCCUCAAGAUGCCUUCGGAUCAUCAGGGUUUGGCUCUGAUGAAGGAUUUGGGGAUUCUACUGCAUUUGCCCAGCAUGAUCCAUUCAGUGGAUCCUCUGGAGCUGCUGAUCCUUUUGGUGGGGACUAUGACCCCUUUAAGGAUCAGGGCUUUAAGGAUGCUGACAAAUUUUCCUGGGAAGAUGAACCAGACCCUUUUAAUACAUUAGCUAGCAAUGCAGGUGUAAGUGCUUCUGACAACACUCUUGAUAAUGCAGCAUUUAACAAGACUGAUCCUUUUGGUUUCCAUAUUAAUGAAGAUGAUGCCAAUGCUAACGUGUCCACAGAGUUUUCUAGCAAAGAUCCAUAUCGGUUUUCUUUUAGUAAUAAAGAUCAGUUUGAUUCAAACCAAAAUAACCGGUCCAAGUCUGUAAUUGGGGAUCCAUUUACGCACCAGACAAAAGAAACUAUCCCCAUGCGAUCUAAAACUUCACUUGGUAACCCACUAGAUGUUGACACUGAUUUUGACCCAUUUUCAUCCUCAAAAGUAACAAAAGCAGAGAAGAACAAAUGGAAGAGUAACGAGGACCUUUUAAAUGAAAGCUUCGGCCCAGGUGAUGGAUGGGGCAGUAAUAGUGGAACUCGUGCCAGUACUGCCAAUGCCUUCGGUGAUAGCUUCAGCAGUAAACCUCUUAACAAAGGUAUACACAAGCCAACUCACUUGGUGACAGAAGAUGAACAGCUAGCUUGGGCAGCCCAGGAAAGUAUUAGGAUGGAGGCGUUUCGGAAGCAGCAGGAAGAACAGGAGCGUGCUGAGCUGGAGUUAGCACUCUCGCUCUCACGUUCUUUAACUCAUUCUCCAGGCAGGCCUCAGUCCUCACGAUCACCGUCAACGGGCCUCUAAGCAUUGGACGUGGAAAAGUUAGUUGUACAUAUGUCUAAAACUAUUAUACGAAGAAAUUGUUAUGAUAUUAAUGUUGAAAUUUAGAAUAUAGUAUAGUUGUUUUCUUGUUUAAAAAGUGUUUAGUCUUGGAAUUUAUUGCUGCUUUGUUACACAAAUUUAUCUGAUUUGGCUAGCUUAAAUGUACUGAAAUGUAACAUAUACACAACUUGCAAGAGGUCAUGUUCUCCUUCUGCAUUUCUUACUUUACCAAAUAUACUGUAAUGUGUUUCUUGUUGAAGUAAACAUAAUAAUCACCUCUCAAAAUGGUGAGAGAGAGAGAUAUAUAUAUCAUCAUGAAUCAAAUGGCUAUUCAGUUUCUUUUCUUUCACAUUAACAAUGCUCAUAAUACCCAUUGUUUGCCAUUACACAUAUAAUUAUACUUUCCAAAAGAAUUAUGUGAAAUGGCCAGCCAAUAUUUUUGACCAGUAUUGUCAAAUUGAAUAUCAGCUUUUUACAGGGGGAAAAAGAAUGCACUGGAUAAAUUUCGUGCCAUGGUUGACCUUCAUCAAUUUGGGCUUAUUGCCAAAUGAAAGGUAGCUAUUGCAUGGGGAAGUCUCGUGCAAUGGAGUAUAAUAUAGAUCGAGUAAACUGUUGGUGUGUGCGUGUUGAGGGUGCCAUUACCAGGUAUAGGAUGGCUCGUGCCCGUAAUAGUCAAACACAAGCUUGUAACAGACCAUUCCCAGUCUCUCCAAAGGAUCAAGUCUGGAUUCAGGUUUUAAUAUAUUUUUGUAAGUGUGUAAUUAAGUUUGUAACAUUGUAAAUAUUUUCCAUCAUUUUUUUUUUCUCUUGAGAUCAGGAUUUGGUUUUUUACUCCUUAGGACUUAUAGAAUUAUUUAGAUAUGACACAGAAAUGUGCUUGUUGAAGAUUUUUAUAUCGCCAAAAAAUGUGCUCAUAUUUGCGUGUAUAGUAUGGAAUAUUUUAAAUAUUAUGAGUUCUUUCAUUUUAGGUUUUGAAUGAAUAAAAUGAUACCUUUGUGUAUGUUUUCUGUAAAUUGUAUGCAGAUCUAUUUUAUUUAUUUAUAUAUAAAGAUUUAUUGCAGGAAAUUUCACUCAAUUAUUUACUUUGAUUUGUGUAAUAACAUUAAGGAAAUUUUUGAAUAUAUGUUAAUAGCCAACAUGAACAAAAAAUAAUUGAAGCAUUAUGUGAACACCGAAAUUAAGCAUGAAGGUGAAUGAAGCAUUCCUGUACAGCCUUUCUGCUUAUGUCUUCCAAAGAAAAAACGAAAAAAACAAAAAUAAUAUCUCAUUCCUCCUGGCCCCCGACUUCAUUUGUUUUGGGCCAUGGUCCACUACCUCGAACCCUACUGACUGACGCACAUGGGAGAACAGGUGAGCAGUGUAAGGGUGUGACAAUAGUUGAGAUACCGACAUGGUGUGUGUGGGUGGGGGGGUGGGAGAGGGGGGGGGAUGGUUGGCUGGCCAGUAUCCUUCAGUUUUCUUAACUGCCAAAUCUCGCUGUUGGUGGUUGCUCUGUUCAUUUUCCUUUAUGGAAUUCAUAUUUUGAAAUUUCUAAAAAGGAUAACAUAAAGUCUGGAAAAUCAAAAUACCGUGAAGCUAACUAAAAUGAAGGCAUGAGUUUUGUUUUGAUGUAAAUUACAAGUCAUGGCAGAAUUAAGUUCAUUGUAUGGUACUUGGGGGGGCUUUCCAUGGUCUUCCACAAACCCGUGUUGGAAGUGGGUACUUGUAUGCUUUGCAAGUUUCGUGCCAGUGCGCCAAACUUUACUGAAUUUCAACAUAAUACUUGUGUGUGUUAGUUAUUUUGCAGUCAGUAAUACGCUCAUGAAUUCAGUUUUUUUUUUAUUACUUCAACAAAACUGACAGGAAUAUCUGAUGCAAUUGAUUCAUGUCCUCGUGCCCAGCAGUCAAGUGCUUAGUGAAAGUAUCGCCCGUCCUAGUUGUUUCAUUACGAGAAUGCUACAUUACUGUCCAUGAAUGCGUUUUGUCGAAAGCAUUUGGCACUGUUUGACAGGCAAUAUUAAUAUUACUGUGAGAGAGAGACAGAGAGGAUAUAGUGAGCACUGUCUGUGGGAUUUACUUUGUAUUGUGGCAUAAUAUGAAACUAUUGGGGUAAUUUUUUCACUACACAAAUGGCCAUUUUAGUGGUGGUGGUCUGAUGAUUAUUAGUAAACUGCUGACAACCAAGAGACUUGCUAAUUCACAAACAUUGGGCAGUUAGUAGAUUAACAUUUUUAACACAUGCCUUUGUUAACUAAAAAUUAGUUUGAUACAAAUUCUGCAUGUUAGUCAAUAAUUGGUAAUAUGUAGUAACACAAUAAAAGUUCUGUUAAAAGCUGAUUGCAUUGAUGAACAAUGUUGUACGUAUGAUGUAAAAUGCCUUACUGGUUCCAGGAAGAAGUUGUGUUGUAGAUGAAUAUUGUGGUGUAUAAAGAGGUGUCCAGGUGUAACUGGAAUCUUUCUCCUGUUUCUUUGUAAAUGUAUCUGUGACAUACUCGUGUACCGAGGUAGUGUACCAUUAAGCUAGUGUAAAAAGGCAUAGUGAUAUAUAUUAGUGGAUAUCCUAGUUCUCCUUGUCACCUAUUUCCCCCUUCCUGUCUACCCAACAAGUUGUUAUUUAAAGUGCAUUUUGAUGAAUAUAGAGAUCAGUUGUUAGGCCAAAGGCAGUACUGUAUUGUAUUGUAUUAGGAGGCACAUAGAUUAGCAGCAAGUGGUCUGUGGUGGAGAGUGCUCAGGUUGUGGUCUGACUUAUUUCUUAGGCAUUUGUGUUGAGUAAAAUGAUCUUAUUUUGAUUGGCUGCGGACAAAACACUACUGUAGCCUACUCUUCCAGCUUUAAAAUUAUCAUUGCUACCUCCAAAUUAGUAUAAUAAGUUUUAAAGAGUUGAGAAUAUAAAUAAUUACACAGAAGUGUUUAAAUUAAAUAGAAAGAAAAAUAAGAUGUCUAUUGAAAUCAUGCAAUAAUGUAUGCCAAAAAUAAAGAAGGUAUAGGAUCAGUUUUUGCUAUUCUAAAUUUUCAUUUUUUAUGUUCAUUCUUAGGCAGGUAAUUUUGUUAAAGCUUAAAAAAAAUAGAAGCACCAAUUUAUUGAAUGUUUGUGUGUGUGUGUUAGGAGGUCAUGAGGCUUCCCACCUCUUAUGACUAUCUUGUUGUAGGGGAAGUGAGUUCAUGCUCAAACCUCCUGGCUGAGGGUCUGAGCAGUCAAAAUACUGGCGCUUGCAAUUUGACUGACACCAGAGCCCAGUUGAUUGGGGGUACCCUUGGGUGUUAUUGCAUUCUCCCUCUUGGACACAAUUAGGGGACCUGGACCCUGAUUCAUAUAGCAGUUACGCAAGCACCUUCGAACCUGUACAUCUUUUCCCAAUCUUUGGCAGCUUUGUUUACAAUUAUUGAACAGUUAAUGAGCUUCGAAGCACCAGGAGGCUGUUUAUAACAAUAACAGAUGAUUGGGAAGUUUUAAUGCUUGCAAACUUUAAUAAAUGUCACCAAAGCCGUCAAAGAUUGAGGAAAGAUGUACACGUUCGUAAGUACUUGCAUAACGGCUUCAUGAAUCCGGGUCCUGGUAAUUUCCUUUGUAUUUAGAGGGAGGGUGUUAAGUAUGCAAUAAAAUGGUUGUGCAAAAGGUACUCGUGCACAACCAUUUUGUUAUUGGAGAGGCUGCCUGGACAGAAAAAUAACUGUUAUUAUGUUCUUUUAAUAUGUUAUCUUUACUUUCCUAUCCAUUAAGUUGUAAUACUGUUAUGAAAUUGCCCAUCAAAUAAAUGUAAGAUAAUGUAUUCCUUCUUUUCAAUGGUUGAUGAGAAGCUGAGGUUAGAAGCAUUAGGAUGGUUUGACAUGGCAUUGUAAUUUAGUUCAGACUGUUGUCAAGAAGUUUUGCAGCCCAAACAACUUUUAUGUACCCUACCUGUGGCACUCACUUUUUACUGAAUGUGUAUAUGUCUUUGAUACAUCUAUACUCGUUGUAUUUUGCUUUUGUCCCCCAUUUUCUAUUUUGUGAGAGAGAACUGCAUGGUGAAUGCCUGCCUGGCUGUUGUUGCCUUACAUGUACUUGUACAUGUCAGUAUUACAUCAUCAGUAUCAAGGGAAGCUGGUGGUGGUAGGUAGAUGACAUGACACUCUACAUACAGAGAAUAUUUUGUAGUUAAUUUUCUUGCAUAGUUUUAAAUGAUAUUAUCACUAGAAUUUAUGUUUUGAUUACAUGUUUCAGUCGAUAAGUUUUUUUUUUUUUUUUUUUUUUAGAAUGGUAUACACUUGGGGUUUUAUAUUGAAGUAACAGGAAAACAUAUUGAAACUUAUACAUUAUUAUGUACACCAACGUAUCGAUAACAUUGCUUAUGUGCAUGUGCCCUUUUAUGAAGGAAACUAGCCAGAUAAUCCAACCAAUGUGUUGUGUGUUUUGAGUGCUGUAGAUUCAUAAACGCCCAGGACAAUACCACAUUACAUAACGGCUGUAGUUUAUACUGUAUUAGGUUAGAACACAAUUGUUAAAUAUCUGGUUAAUAAAGAUUCGUGUCAUUGAAACACAGGAGAUAACCUCACAGACGUGUACAAUGUGGUAUGGUUUUGCGAGUUGUGGGUGAUGACAACGAUUGGUACUGGUUGGUUCUGCGAUUGGUACUGGCGAGUGAUUGCAUCUGCUCAAAAUUUCAUAGGGUACAUUAUUGAACACAUGUAAAUAGCAUUCUGUGCUCCAAACUGUUCAAAUUGAAUCUCAGUUAUUGAUAUAUCCGAGUAUUUAUGUUCAUGUACCGUAAUAUAACCGUGAAUGUGUGUGUGUGCGCAUAUUUAAUAUUUUUAAUGAUGAGUAAUUCAAGUUUUCAAACAUUUUUUGGAAGAAAAUUGAAACAACUAUAUGAUCUGGUCUUGGUGUAAAGGAUGCAAUGUGUCAUUAGUUUGAGGAAAUUUUGUAUAAUUGAUAGAUUAAUACUAUGACAAACGGCUUUUCUUUGCAUCCAUAAUAAUUCAUGCGUGUAUGUGUGUGUUUCCAUGUGGUCCCCCAUGCAGUUGCUAGCCAAAUCCAGCGGUGCUUAACGUGACAGUAUAUUGUGCACCUAAUUUUUGUGUAUGCACCAAUUUGUUUCUUGUCACACAGAUUCAUAUUUCAUACAUAAUUCCACUACAGCAUCCAUCAAAGUUACUGUGUAAAACCAAACAUUAUUUAGUGUACUCGUGUUUAUGUUCCAAUGGGUGAAGAGUAUGUAUGUCUUGUGUAACCUGUGUGCUGUUAACUUUAAUUUAUUAAUGUGUGACUGCAUACUUUUUGAUGUGCAGUUUUGCAGAAUUUCGAAAUAUUGAUAAUUUGUGGCAUUGUGUUGAUAUGGCUGGUAAACCUCCCAUGUGACUUGGUCCAGUACGAGAGUUGUGCGAGGAGUAUAGUAGCUCUCAUUCUGCCGUGCCAGUUCGGUGCCACCACCACCACCACCCUUCAGGUUACCUCCAGGUAAUCUUUCUCCCUACUCCUAAGCCUGGCCUUCUCUUGCCACUGGAGGGCUUGUUGCGCUUUGACCACAGCUUUAUAUUUGAUUCCACUGUAAGUUGGUUGUAAGUUGUCUGUGUGUGAAUUGUAGCAAGAAAUAUUGACAUGGCUCAGCGAUUUGAGAGAUGUACUCUUGUUUACUCUUAAGCUCCAGUGGUGACGACAAGAAUUGGUGCCUGAGUCCAUUGCCUUUUUCUCAGACUCGAUGUUUUUAAUCAUAUUUGAACCUGCAUGGAAAAAUGUUUUGUGUUCUCAUCAUGCUUCUUUAUUAUGGAUGGUUAUCAUGAAAUUACAAAAAAUUAGUAGAUACAGUACUGUCAGUGUUACUUAUUUGAAAUACCGGCAUAGUUGUUUAUUUUCACAGAAGUCAGAUUUAAAGGGGGGAGGUAUUUUUUUUCUUGCAAAAUAAUUUGGCAGUUUAUUUGAUGUUAAAAGUUGGUGUUACUUUUUCCACCAACUAGGGCAUAUUUCCCCAUUUACUACCACAAUGAGGGAACCCUUGGAUGCUCCCAUCUAUCAGUCGUGUUGUUCAGUGUCACCGUCAUGUUAUCUCAAUGUAAAUAAUGCUUAAUAAACAAACACGUUCACCAA